GUCAAAAGAGAAGGGAUCUAGGUUCUUGACACGCGUUACUCUUUCCCCAGUCCCCUCCCGGUCAUUAUUUUUUCUCACUCAAACAAUUUGUUAUCUCCUCUGUCUUCUUCAAAUCGGUCCCGAAUUCGACUCUGUAUCCAAGAGAGAAGGAGAUGGUAGAGACAAUUCUAACUCCUCCAGUAGUCCGUUUGAUAGACUUCGAGGCGUGAUGUCCCGUAUUUUUGGAAGAAAAGAUCCAUCUGAUGACCCGUACGCGACUUGCUCACCUGAGAACUCGUCAGAGUCGUCCAUGUUACAUCAUAGAACUCCACCAGCUGAUUCACAGCCUCUUGCUAGAUCAAAUGGGCCGGUCAUUAUAGAGCUAGAUACUGAUGAUGAGGGAGAUGUAGGAAGAGAAGCAGAAGAGGAUAAUUGUGGUGUUAAUGGUUUCGGAAUGAGCAAAGAAAAAGAUCAAACUAAUGCUUAUAAUAACGCAAAUCCACUCAUUGAGCACCCUGAUGGCGAACCUGAUGAUCACAACAAGAGUAAAAGCAUAAGCAAAGACGUGGCUCAUAGGUUGAAAGCGAAGAAAAAUGAAGGAGCAAAAGCCCAGACUCAGAAUGUUAGCUAUAGAAGAGUAACAUAUGGUGGGAUAAAUGGGGCAUAUUACACUGCCACUACCACGCGUAGGACGGGAAGCAAUGGAAUGGUUUUAGAGGACAGCAAACAAGCAGAUUUAACAACUGGUCAAGCAACACAUAGAAUCUCUAGGGGCAUUCACGACAAGGGACACUCACUCACAAGGAAGCUUGAUUCUGAUGGCAAGGUGAACUCAGUGCAGACUUUGCAUAAUAUAGAAGAAGAUGAAAUAGCUAGAUUUGAACAGACUUGGAAAGGGAAUGCUGAUAAGCAUCUGCCCGGCUGGAACAAUGGGUUUGAUCUUCAUGCAAAUGCAGGAACAAGUAAUCAUUCGUUAACCAACUGGAAUCCUGGGUUUGGAGGAGGUCUGAGACCAAAUAGCAAUAACCAGCCGGAGCCUUCACGUGGAAGACCAAAAAAGGUAAUCAUCCUGAAAGGUGGAGUUAGUGACCUAGAUACUAAUGAAAAAAUCGCCUCAAGCCAAAACCCAACAGAAGUUUAUGAAUGUAAUAACGAACGAAUACUUCUUUUUUCUCUUUUUCUGUUUUCUUUUUGUUUUAACAAAAGAAAUCUCCAUACUUAACAAAAUCUUGCCAUUAAUGC